GCACGCACACACUUUGACUUUUCGAGAGGCAGUUCUUGCGUAUUAUCGUUGUUGGGCAGUGUAUGAGCUGCUGCAAGCCUGAAACGAAGUGCGCUCGUGCCGUAGGGGCGCUGCUGCUGCCUCUUUUGCGCGAUCUCCAACUUCGCUAGUUUAGCCUUAGAUGUAUACCUCUUCGCGGGGAGCACACGCAGUUUAUAUAGUUUCGCGGUCAGCUGCCUGCAAUAUUACAUGCAGGAAUAGUGACUUCGGCUUGUGAUGCGAGUGAGGAGCCGACAAACAGUCUGGCCUUUAGUAAUUGACAUUUAAGUAUUUGAAAAGUUGUCGUGCUGUGCGUGCGUGUGCGUCGCCGCGGAAAGACUGUCCAUGAAACAACAAACAAAUCCAAAGUGUUUCACGAUGCUGUGAGAAACAGCAUCGUCUUCGUACAUGUUCGUUGUACCGAGAGCAUAUAAAAUUUUUAUUUUUUGUGCACAAGCGUUGUUAUAUUAGCAAUUGCAUUGGGAUGGAGCAGCAGCGGUCGUUUCGCGACGACGAAACCGCCGCCGAGGAGUCUUCGGCCUGCGACAACGAGGAGGCCUGCGUCGAGAGCAAUGCACUCAGGAUACUGGGGCAAAUCGAUUGUCUCUACAGAAGCCGGGUGGGCGAACUUGAGGCCAGGCCCGAUCUUGACGAUCCUCAAAGAGUCAAGUUGAAAUUGAAAAUCAUGACUGACUGGGUCAAGGAUUUAGGAGAACAAAACGCCAUGCUUGUUCAGACUGUUCAUGAACUCGAACAAGCUGCUAUCUGUCGAGUAAAAUCAUUGGAAGACCAACUACAAUCUACUACAAGUUUGAUAUCAAACAAUAUAACAAAUUCAAGUAAAUCUGAGAAGGAUCUUAAUACAUUAUCCACUAAAAUAUGCCAAUUGGAGAGUGAACAAGAUUGCAUGCAAUCAAAAAUUACCUCUUUAAAAAGUGAUUUAGACAGUUUGUUAAAACUGAUGAAACGUGGUCAACUUGAUAACAAUUGGAAUCUUGAUGGACUUAUUUUUCAUGAAAUCAAACCUUCUGAUAUUCCAUUACCCAAUUGUAAAUGUAGUCAGGGAAAUUAUAAAACUGAUGAUCAUGAAAAUAGUAAUUUAAUAGCUGAAUUACAAGAAAAUGAAAGUAAAUUGCUUUUGUAUCAAAAUGAACUAGAGGAUAAAAUAUGUAUUCUUGAAAAACAAGUUGAUGCAAAAGAGGAUAUCAUUCAGAGAUUUUCGGAUGAAUUAGAAAAACUGAGAGAUUCCUUGCAAAAAAAUUAUAUUUCAAAAAAUGAUUGUAGUUCUUAUUCAUCUAAUAUCAAUACUGAUUGUGGUAUCACUAGUUCAACUGAUAGCUGUUAUAUUGAUGAAGUUGCAAAUGUUCGCAAGCAGUUACAAAACUCUGAACAAAAAUUAAAAAAAAUAACUCAUGAUUAUGAUUGUGAAAUUUAUAAAUUAAAAAAGGUUUUAAAAGAAAAAUGUAAUGAAUUGGAUAGUAUUUGUGCACGCUAUAAAUGUUUUGAACAAGAAACUGCAGAGGCUCAUGAAGCUUUGACACAAGAAAUAGCUGAAAAACAUGAUACAAUAAUGACUUUGAAAAAAGAAAUUGCCUGUCUCCAAAAUAAGUUAAUAGAAACUGAAAAGGCUGCACAAUUGAAAGAUGAUGUUAUCAUUCAGUUAAGAAAAGAUUUGCAAACAGCUAAUCAAAAGGCAAAAACUUCCACUAGAAAAGUUAAAAUUUGUCCAGAACCUCUUGAGAAUCUUGAAAAAAAUACGGAUGGAGAUACAUUAAGAGAUGUAACAAAACAAUUGGAAGAUUGCAAACGAUUAUUGGAAGUGAAAGAUAAUGAAAUAAAGAUGUUCAAAAAAGAAUUAUCUGAAAAAUCUAGUCAUGUAUAUAGUGAAAAGGAUAACAGUAAUUUCCAUGGCUCUUCCAAUGUUAGUGAGGAUGACAUUAUACCUUAUCUGAUGAAUAUAAUUGAAUCAACGGAAAAAGAAAGAGACAUAAUACUCAACCUAAAGUCUGAAUAUGAAAAGGUUUUAGAAAAUUUAAAACAAACUAAGAGUAUAUACGAAAAUGAUGUAUCUCUUGCUAAUGAAAAACUAGAGGAUAUAUUAUCUUGCCUUUACAACUACAGAACAGAAGUUAUAAAUCAAGAUAAUUGCAGUGAUAAAAACUUCAUAGUAACUGUGGAGAAUAAAAUUGUAUACAUUCAAAAAUUAUUUCAGAGUCAAUGCGAGACGUGUGUUAAAGAAAAUGUUGUGCAAAAGAUAAAAGAAAUAAUUUCUAUAGUAUCUCCUGGAAUUUUAAAAUUGGCUAAAAUGUUUGAAAAUAAAAAUAAGUCAUUACCACUCAUAAAGACAAUGGUGAAGAACUGUAAAUCUAAAAAAAUGGCCAGUGAUGUUAAAAAAGAAAAUGAAAUAGAACAUAAAGAGAUCUUUGCUGCUAUUGUACAACAAUUUCGAAUGAUGGAAGAAUUUCGAAUAUGUACCGUAGAGGUUCAAGCAGCUACGGAAGAUUUACGGGAGGAGAUAUCAGAAAUUAUUUCUAAUUUAAACUCACGUCAUAGCAAAUAUGUAGCACUAGAUCAAAUGAUUACUCUAGUGCAAGAUUACAUUUCAGUAGCCAAAGAUCGUGUUAUAGAAAUAGUAAAUUGCUUAGAACUUCAGAAUGAAGAGAGAAAUCGUCACAAUCAAAGAAUUUCUAAUAACAGAGUAAGAUUAAAAGAUUUGAAAAAUGAACUAAAUACCUCACAAUUAGAUUUGUCAAAGUUUCUCAAUAAUGUACAAAGCGAUAUGCAGCAAAAUGGUCCAUUUGGACACCCAGACGUUCACGCAUGUGAAGAUUUGAUAACGUCAGUGGUUGAAGAAGUUGAACUUAUUGUAAAUAAUCUACAAGCCUUCCAAGAUAACGAGUGUUGUACAGUAUCCUCAAUGACAAAAUUAAAGGAUCAUUUAGUGAGCAUGGAAGAUCAUGUGAGAGGAUUGAAAAAUAAAUCAGAUAAAAUAUUGGAGGAAAAUGAAGAAUCUCACAAAUCAUUCAUAGAAGAAGAAAAACUUUUAGAAAAAUAUGAAUGCGAAGUUGACAAUUGCCAUACUAAAAUGCAAGACGUUCUACAAAGUAUUAUAGAUGUUAGAGAUCAGAUGAACGAAUAUGGGUGCAUCAAAGAAUCUACCAAUUCUUUUGAGAGUACAAACGAGGCAAUAAAAUUGAAAGGAGACUUAAGGAAAGUUAAAAAAGAAUGCGAAGAAUUAAAAUCAAAACUAUCCAGGACUUCACAACUUACAAAAGAACCACGUAAAACAGUAGAUUUACAAUCUCAAAUAAUAGGUUUACAAGAACAAAUUAAAACGUUACAAAGCCAGAAUAAAUGCACUCAAGAAGCUAAUGUACAUUUGAAACGCAGCUUGGAAGAAUUGGAAAAGGAGCUCAGUUGUUCACGAGUUAAGGCUGCAGAAUAUCGGAAAGGAUCUUCUUCAGAAUGUUUUGAAUUGAAAAAGAAAAUUUUUGAAUUGGAAAAUUCCGUAAGAGGUAAAAAAGACACAGAAAAUAACUUCAAGUGUUUGGGAAAUAGUGAUGCCAGAAAAAUGAAACUUCUUGAUUAUACUUUUAAAGACAGUGUUUUAAGGCAUAGUUUACCUGGAGCAUACGAUAAUUUACCACAAAUGUUCAGAUUAUUGCAAGAAGCUAUACAUACGAUGUCUAGUGGAUUGCAAAGACUUAAUUCCGAGUUAACUGUAUUGUUACCCAAGGGAUCACCUGUUGAUUAUAAUGAUUCAGUGAGCUGUGCAGUGGAAAAAAUAUCUGAAUACAUAGAUUCAGUCAAAAAUUGUUCUUUCGAAGUUGAGAAAGCUAAAUCAGCUUUAUAUUCAAAAGAUAAACUAAUGGAAAAUAUGGAGAAAAUUAUUAAAAUUCAAAAAGACUCUAUAGCAAUAUCACAAACAGAAGUAGAAGAUCUUCAUAAAGCUUUGCAAGAAAAGAUCGUUGAAAAGGCAAAAGUCGUAACACAGUAUGAAGACGAAAAAAGUCAACUUAGUAAGCAGAUUGAAAUGCAAGAACAAACAAUCAAGAAUUUAAAAGAAAUUGUGAUCAAUUCCAAACGUAGAAUUGAACAAUUGACUAGCAGAGUUGCAACUGACGUGAGUGAGCCAUCCUGGUCUUCCGCAUCUUCUUCUGUGCUCAGUCAUAGAACUCCGCACGAUUUUUAAUAAUUCAAUAAAAUCGUAGUAUUAAGUUUUUUUUGAAAAUUUUCUGAAAAAUAAUUCCACUAAUACGUAAUGAAUGCUAAGCAAUAUAACGCACCUUCUACCGACAAACAUAUGAAGGUAAAGCUGAUGAACUUUUUUAAGAAAAAAAGUGCGAUAAAGGAAUUAUGUAAAUAUAAAUUUGAAUUCAAUCAAAGGAAAGAGAUGUUCAAUAAUUAAAUCAUGUUGAUAGUUGUUUUAAGAUUUAAAUAUAUUCUAGCAUUGGAACUAUUUGUUUCAAUGUCUACUAUGAAUUACCUGA